AUGGGCAGUCCCAGUAACAGAAGUGGCAUGGAGGCAUAUCUUCAGAGACUGGCUCACUUAGACGAGGGGCUCUACAACGACUUUUACGGCCUUUGGAUUGCACUGAUGGUCACCAACUCUCUUAUAUUCCUGGUGGGCAUGGUGCUCAACAUUGUCGCUCUUUAUGUUUUCUGUUGCCGCACAAAGCAAAAGACCACCUCUGUGAUCUACACCAUCAACUUGGCGGUGACGGACCUCUUGGUGAAUCUCUCUCUGCCGACCCGGAUCCUGCUCUACUACAGCGGAGGAGCCUGUCUCACCUGCUCCUACCUGCACAUCUUCAGCUACUUUGUCAACAUGUACUGCAGCAUCUUGUUCCUCACCUGCAUCUGUGUGGACAGAUACCUCGCCAUCGUGCAGGUUGAAGCUUCCCGGCGGUGGAGGAACUCCAGCGUGGCCAAAUGUGUGUGUGUCUCUGUUUGGCUGUUUGCCAUCGUGGUCACCUACUCCUUCCUCUCCACGGCGUUCCAGCACCCAGGCUGCUGCCUCUCAAAGCUGCUCUUCCUCACCAUCACUGAGUUCUUUUUGCCCCUCAUCAUUAUUAUGGUCUUCACGUUGCGGAUUAUGUGUGCAUUAGCUGACCGCCGCCUGAUGCAGCAGAGCAGGGAAAGGAGAAGGAGGGCAGUCCAACUGCUGACCACAGUGCUCGUCAUCUUCACUGUCUGCUUCACACCUUUUCACAUCAGGCAGGUGGUGGUGUACUUCCACCCUGACAUGCCUCACCAUGUGAUAGCCUACCACUUGACUGUCACUCUCAGCAGUUUGAAUAGCUGUAUGGAUCCUGUUGUCUAUUGCUUUGUUACCAAUAAUUUUCAGGCAACCAUGAGAAAUAUUUUCCGUCGUGCAGAGCCUGAGCAGACUAGCGGUGACAUCAUCAGCAUGCAGCACAGCUCCAAGGCCUCGGGAGGGCCGGCCAACGCCAUCACUAAUAAUAUGAUCAUGAUGACCACGAUCUCCACUUCACUGCAGAGAGACAGUCGUGGGGAAGAAUCACACACUGUAAAUCCCCUUUCACACGGGGUGAAGAGAACUGAAAGUUACUGA